AUGUCCAACAAAGAUCAACAACAACAUUUUGAGAAUGACAAUGGUUUCGGUUUAGACAAGGAAGACACACUCUCCUUUACAAUUCCUAAAAGACAACAACUCCACAGUCUAGCACCGUCUUCAUCUUCAUCAGUAUCAGCAAAUACUCAAAUCCAAAAGUUCUUGGGUGCUAACACAGCCAUAUCUGGCUCGGCCCUUUCAAGGUCUCUUAAUGCUAGCAGAGCGGGGUCCCAUGAAUUGUUGAUCCCUUCAUCUGGUGGAGGGACUGCGCCAGUGAUACAGAGCAAACUGCAACUGUCGUUAUUGAAGAAGGAGACCUCGGCUAGCCGGGAUAUACUCAAGUUCCCCAUUGAAUCAUCGCAUGCUUAUUCUUAUGCCAAGUUGUCUCAGAAUUCCCUUUCCUUCCGUCUAGGGGUCCUUAAAAGGUCUCUUGAAAUCUUGAAAGAUAGGCCGAAAUUACUCAAGUCUAUCAACGAAUCAAAGCAUUAUGUCCAGCAACCGUUACAGAGUGCCUCAGAAAGUAUUGAUGGUCCUUACACUGGUUCUGCCACUGCAGCUUCUGACGAUGAGAUGAAAGUAGAUGUUGAAGAAGAAGAAGGAGGCGAGUUCUUAAGCAUGCGUGCUCCUCACACAGCUGUCAGACGACCUGGGAUUUCUAGAAGUACUUCCAAUACAAACGAUUACAAGUCAUUACAGUACAAAAAGCUUUCGCUUGGGUUUUAUACGGGAGGCACCCAAACUCCCGUUCCAGCUUUGGCAUCGACCAAACACAAUGCAUCUUCGGCUGCUCUUGCUGCAUUCUUCAAUCCUAAAGUGAAGAGAUCAGGAAGUCUACCCAUUGACGAAGUGUACUCUAUGAAGUACAACUUCCAAAAUAAGACACCCAUUAAUGAUGGAGUACUAAUCAAACCACGAGAUACCAGCAGCAGUAGCAGUAAAGAAAGAGAGCUGCCUUUGAAUGACGAACUUCGGGAAAUCUUGAAGCUUUUGGAAUCUAAUUCCGAUGCAAUUAUUGGUAAUACCGAGGUAGCUUCUAAUUUGCAUGAUUUAUCAUUAUCAACAAACGAAGCAGACCAUUUCCAGUUGAAAUACGACUUCUUAAAGAAUAAGCUUCUCUAUGCUCUUGCAACCCCUUUUAUUGAAAACGGUAAUGGGGGUGCUGAAAGCAUAGGAGUUCCCAUGAUCAACGACGGUCAAAUGCAAAUCCACCAAUCAUCUUUGGCAUUGAAUAUGUUAGCACAACCUCAUACUCAACAGCAGCAACAGCAGCAACAGCAGCAACAAGCUUUUAAUUCAGCACGACCUUUUCAUACACUUUAUUCAGGUAAGCAUACGCUUCCAGAGUCGAUUUUCACUGUUGAAGUUGAUUUCCCAUGGUCCGUUAAAGCAGCCAAUGACGUUGCGUGCUUGAUGUUUGGGGUUCUGAAGAAGGUUAUUCCCUCGCUUACGUUAAUGGACUUGAUUGCUCCUCAGUUCCGAGUGUUUGUCAUGGACCGUUUGAACAAACGUACAGCAGAAUUGUUAGACCGAGGAUUAAAAAAUUAUUCAGUCGAUAAGAGUCCAGUGAAUGAUAUCAUAUUUGCUGGAGAGAUUGUUGCCAUUGUUCGUCCCGGUGAAAAGGACUAUGCAUGGACUUCAAUGUGGGCCAAACGAAAGGGGAAAUUGAUUAUUUGUAUGUUUGACCAGAUCCCAUGCAAUGCUUUUGAUGUGACGAUCCUGAGAGGGAAGAACGAAGACCAGCCGUGUUAUGUCAUUGAUUCCAUAACCGAAAUAGCUGGUAAGUUAUUGAAGAACAGCCAGAAUUAUAAGCUAUUAUCUGAUAUCAGCGACUCAUUGGCCAGUGAAAUAAAUAAGAAACUGGAGGACAAUAUUGACUCUGAAGAAGAGCAGAGCACCAUUGAUAGUAACCUCAUUACCAAAACCAGAUAUUAUACCGUUAACUUUGACCAAGACGAUUAUUAUAUCCCCUGUGCAAUUACUUCUGUACCUCUAUUAAUUAAUGAAGAUAGAGUGCAGUUGAAGUUGAAGAUCCAUUCAUUACCGUACAUUGCAGGUAUGUUUGUCAUCAAUGCAUAUGACAAUACUAUUCUAUCGUGCAAUAAUGCUAUUGCAAAGAACUUGUUUGGUAAGUCAGCCAAUAAACUUGUUGAACAGUCCAUUGAUACUUUGAUUCCCAACUUUUCCAAGGUAUUGACUUUGGGAUUAUCGGAUAACUUGGAGUUCCCAGUGGUGCCAGGAUUAGUUUUACCAGAACAUUUCUUUAGGAAGUACGAUGCCAUCUUAAGGGCCCAACAGGACGGGAUUAAUGACGCAGAGGCUUAUUUCUUUCAAUCCCAUGGGUUGGAAGGUAUUCAUCGGGAUGGGAAAUCCAUCUUUGUUGACGUUCAAUUACGAGCUGGAUCUCGCGAUACGUUUGUGCUUUGGAUCACGUAUUCUAUACUGAAGAAACGUGUAGCCAACGAGCUUCACCGAUUGAAUUCCAGUGCCUCUUCGCUUUCCUUGAGUCAAAAGACAAGUACCACAAGUCUAUCAAAAGAUAGAGAAAAGGACUUACAAUUGCCCUCUCAGAUGAAAUUACUUGAUGAGGAAAAGGCAGAGAUCCCUGAAGCCACUAUAAGUGCACCCAGUAGCUCUGAAAUCAGUCGUAAGAGCAGCACUCGUCGACUUAGCAAGAAGCCCUUGAUCACUCCUUUGACAAAAGUGAAUAUAGCACUUGAAACGGCCAUUAGCAACGAUGAGACUCUUAAACAAAGAGUUGUGUCCAACAAGACCGAUGAUUCCAUUCUCAGCACUAAUAAAUCCGAAACAGAUUCAUCUCCACCCAGUUCCAGUGACGAAAUAGGCUCGAAGAAAGGGAACGAAACAGAUGGUAAACCAUCUGCUGAAGUUCCUCCUAGCCGAUCUUUGGUCAUCAACUUCAACUACCAGCUUUCGGAAGCGGACAUGCUUCGACUCGAGAACGAGUCGCUUGAGGAGAUCAAGAAGAAAUCGAGUCAAUGGCCAACCGAAGUCGGGGCCAAACGAAGAACAAAGAAGUUUCUGGAGUUUGAAGUGGUCAAGAGCUUGGGAGAAGGAGCGUAUGGGAAGGUUGUCCAGACUCAACAUAAGGAGGACCCUGCCUAUAAGAUAAUCAUCAAAUGCAUUACCAAAGAAAGAAUCUUAGUAGAUACUUGGGUUCGUGAUCGGAAACUUGGAACCAUUCCCUCGGAGAUCCAAAUCAUGGCUACGUUAAACCAUGAGCCGCACCCUAACAUCAUGAGAAUAGUUGAUUACUUUGAAGAUCGUAACUACUAUUAUUUGGAGACCCCCAUAUUUGGAAACCCACCAGCCAUUGAUUUAUUUGACUACAUUGAGAUCAAGAAGGACAUGACGGAAACAGAAUGUCGUUUCAUCUUCCGUCAAGUGGUCCUGGCCAUUUAUCAUUUGCAUACCCAUGGGAUUGUCCAUCGCGACAUCAAAGACGAGAACGUGAUUGUUGAUGAGAAUGGGAUAAUCAAGUUGAUAGACUUUGGUAGUGCUGCGUAUACGAAGUCUGGACCGUUUGAUGUUUUUGUUGGCACUAUUCAUUAUGCAUCACCGGAAGUUUUACGAGGUGAGAAAUACGAAGGUAAGCCUCAAGAUAUAUGGGCGUUGGGAGUACUUCUUUAUACGUUAUUGUUUAAGGAGAAUCCAUUUUAUAAUGUGGAUGAUAUUAUGGAGGGAGACCUUAGAAUCAGUGGGCUGUAUUCAGACAAUUGUAUAGGGUUGGUUAGGAUGAUCUUGGUCAGAACUAUUGAGGAAAGACCUAGCAUUACUGACAUUGCAGAACAUCAAUGGUUAAGUUCGUGA